AUGGAAGAGAUACGCAAGCACAAGCCCAAGCGCGUCAAACCCUCGCCCGAAGCGAUAGAACUGGCCAAGACAGCGGACACCGAUGAAGGGCCAGAGGAUACUGAGUUCAAACUCGCGGUGCUAGCAUCGCUGCACCCAGACAAAUCGCAGGAGGUUCAUCUGGACUAUCUUACGGCGUAUGGCGGAUCUGCGUACAAGGCCUCGCAGGCCAUGAGCUCAGGCUACGACGGGGUGGUCAAGAGGCGGAAAACGGGCGCCAACGGAUAUCAGUCCUCUAUACAGGCCUUUGCGACCCAGGGCGCCGAGGGUUCGGAGUCUGCUUCACCAGUGGUCAAGCCAUUGACGAAGAAGGGCAAGACAUUACAUCUAUACACGCCGAAGGAUGUCGAGAACCACACACCUUGUUCGAUCAUACAUAAUUUUCUACCGAAAGAGGAUGCAGAGAUCCUAUUGAAAGAGCUAUUAGAAGAAGCGCCAAACUUCGACAGAGGCACUUUCCAACUCUUCGACAAAACGGUGCAGAGCCCCCACACCUGGAAAUUCUACGUGGACACCAUGGAAGCCGUAAAAGAGCAACAGACAGAAUACAUCUACGACGGCCUCUACGAAGCACAAGUAGCCAAAACCACGCCCGAGAUGCUCAGAGUCUCCUCGAUCGUCAAAGAAGCAGUCAACAAGGAAGUCGCCCGCCGGAUCCACGACUUCCACCCGGAAGGCAAGCACCUCAAAUUUCAAUCCCCCGAAACAUGGGAACCCAACGCGAGUUUCGUCAAUUGCUACGACGGCGGCAAGGAAAACGUAGGAUACCACUCGGAUCAACUCACAUACCUCGGUCCACGAGCGAUUAUCGGCAGCCUCUCUCUAGGCGUGGCGAGGGAGUUCCGCGUCCGCCGCAUCGUGCCUCAAGAAGACGCAUCCUCGGCCGACGAGCAAGGCCAGAUCGCAAUACACUUGCCUCACAACUCCCUGCUGGUGAUGCACGCCGAAAUGCAAGAAGAAUGGAAACACUCUAUCGCACCGGCACAAGCCAUAGAUCCUCACCCACUCGCACUCAACAAACGCCUCAACAUAACAUACAGAUGCUACAAAGACUACCUGCACCCAAAAUACACACCCAAAUGCAAAUGCGGUGUGUCCUGUGUGCUGCGAUGUGUGCAGAAGCGGAAAGUCACGAGAGGGAGGUACAUGUGGAUGUGCUACGCCAACUAUACGCCUGGGAAAAAGGGCUGCUCAUACUUCGUCUGGGCGGAGUUCGACGAGGACGGGAAACCGCCUUGGGUGGAGGGGUAUAAGGGGAAUGCGAAUACGCCUGUGGGCGAGCUGAGAGAGGAGAAGGUGGAUGUUGAUUCGCCGCCUUGA